GGGCGCUUCCAACUGCCGCUGGGAGCACAGCAGCGGGACGCUCGCCGACGACCCAGUUCCGCAGCGGCUGCCUCCCGGGAGACGCCGCGCGCAGUCCCGGAGCAGAUUCUGCGGUGAACCGUUGCCGUCCCUCUGGUUCUGCGCGCACCAGCUGUGCGCCCUCGGGAGGCGACCCGGGCCGACGCCCGGCCCUCCGGGCAGAAGCUAGGAGCCUUAGAGACUGCUGCAGAACAAACCGCACUUGGCUACCGCGGCCCUCUAGUUGUGUGUUUGCACCGAUGCGGCGCGCCGCGAGAGUGCACAGCGCAGCUUGGCAGUUUCCGCACUGACAGAGGCAGCACAUUGUAGCUGAAGCUCCAACCUGCAGAUCAGGUUUCUCCGAGCUGUGGAAGGGACUCAAUAAUGUAACUGGCUCUCCGGAAAGACCUGCGUGGCCCUGCACUGAGCAAGAUCUCUCAGACCCUGUCUCGUUUUAGAGCCACUUGAGAAGAAAUGAUGUGACAAUUCUUAUCCAAAAGGACUUUUUGGAAGUGUAGGAUACCCGCGCAGAAGGUCACUCUUUCCCCGGUCUGUGAAAUAGACAUUCUCAGAUUCCAAAAUGCCUGCCAAGACCCCAAUUUACCUGAAAGCGGCAAACAACAAGAAGGGAAAGAAAUUUAAACUGAGGGACAUUCUGUCCCCUGAUAUGAUCAGUCCUCCCCUUGGGGACUUUCGUCACACUAUACACAUCGGCAAAGAGGGCCAGCAUGACGUCUUUGGGGAUAUUUCCUUUCUUCAAGGGAACUAUGAGCUCUUGCCCGGAAACCAAGAGAAGGCACACUCUGGCCAGUUCCCAGGGCAUAACGACUUCUUCCGGGCCAACAGCACCUCGGACUCAAUGUUCACAGAAACACCCUCCCCGGUGCUCAAAAAUGCCAUCUCCCUCCCCACCAUUGGGGGAUCCCAGGCUCUGAUGCUGCCCUUAUUGUCCCCAGUGACAUUUCAUUCCAAGCAGGAGUCCUUCGGGCGUCCUAAGUUGCCAAGGCUCAGCUGUGAGCCUGUCAUGGAAGAGAAAGUUCAGGAGCAAAGUAGUGUGUUAGAGAACGAGGCAGUCCGCCAGGGAGAUACCUCGUGGGGCUCCAGUGGCUCCGGGUCGCAGUCCAGCCAGGGCCGGGACAGCCACUCCUCCAGCCUGUCGGAACAGUCCUCCUCCGACUGGCCCGCGGACGACAUGUUUGAGCAUCCUGCCUCCUGUGAGCUUGUGAAGUCAAAGACUAAAUCCGAAGAAUCCCUUUCUGACCUGACCGGCUCCCUGCUCUCCCUGCAGUUGGAUCUUGGGCCUUCACUUUUGGAUGAAGUCCUGAAUGUCAUGGAUAAAAAUAAGUAGCCAGGAGUCAGCUCUUUUUCUUGGGAGUAAGAGGUACCAAAAUAAGCAGAAAACAAAAAAAUCAACUAACCACAGCUGAUGGAAAGAGCUGCUCUGACUGUUUUUAUUUGCAGCCGUGUGAUGCAUUUUCUAAAAUAACACUCUUGUUCCUACAAAAUAUUUUUUUAACCAUCAUGCCCUGUUUGCAAAAAUUUUGAAAACAAUAAUUUUUAAAAAUUAACAAAACAAAACAAAACAAAAAAACCUGUUCUGGAAAAAAGAAAAAAAAAAGAAAAGAAAAAGGAGGAAGUGAGUCAGAGCUCAUUUUCAACAGGCAUUGCUGAUGCUCAUACAUGCUCGGUUUUGUUUGUAGACAUGCAGAAAUCCAGAAAUCCAGGCUGUCUAAGAGGGCUGGGUCCAUGGGUCUCUCCAAGGCAAUUUAUUGCAUGUUAUGAGAAGGAAACUUACUUAUUUGGCACCUACGCCUUUUUUUCCUAGCCUCUUUUGUAUAUUGUAUCUUUUGGGUUCACCACAGCGAAGUCUCCAGCGUUAUGAUUUUACUCUUUGCAUAUUGGAGCAACCUUACAGGAUUUGGGAUUUUUUUUUCCUUGUGGUUCUUAUAUAUCCCUGUAUAUUAUUUCCAUGUUGCAAAAGUUUGACUGUCAGCUACAUGUUGGUUAAAAACAAGCAAGGUAUUACUGUAACUAAGUUAUUUUUAAAGUUGAAAUAUAUUUUUAUGUGCCUUUGGCUUUUUAUUGCAAAGUCUACAUUUUAUACAUAAUACAUCAAGUGUUAUUUGUCUUGUU